GUACUUCAGCACACAAGCCAAGUGGCGAAGACUGUAGGCGAACUCUGCAUGAGAGCACUUCUCAGAAAGAGAAUAAUUUGAAAGACAGCCAAGGCUUCCUUUCAUCGGUCAAACCCGUUCAAAGCUCUCCAAAAAGUACUGGUGAUAUGCAGGCAGCUAUGCAUCAAGGUGGCUUCCAAAUGGCCAGUGGGAAAACGAUUUUGAUUUCGCCCAAAGCGAUGCAAAGGGGAAAUGCUGUCUUCGAGAACUGUAUUCAUGAAAAUGAACAACACCUUGUGGGAAGUAAGCCUUUAACGAAUCCAGCGUUGUCAUCCUCGGCUUCACCGAAUCUUGUCUCCUCUAUCGAUAGCUACUUGAGCAGCAGUGCUGGAUUCCGCCCAGCGCGUGGGAAGGGAGUACCUUUAUCUGCUGAGGCCAUGGCUCAGCCCAAACAUAUUUUACAAGAAGAGCAUGAGGACGAGCAAGUGAAAUGUGGAACCUCUUUAGGAAUCAAACAUGUUGACCGUCGGCCGAGUGGGUUCCAGACAGCAGGUGGUAAACAAGUUGCUGUUUCCGUCGCUGCUCUGAAGAAAGCAAAAUCAUUGCUUGAUGAUUGUAAUGAAGUCGAGGAACAUCCAUCCCGUUAUCCACCAGAGAGAAAAUGUGAGCUCCUGUCAGAUAGCGAGAAGCCUGGGUCAUUUUCAGACAAGUCUUUCUUUGACAAUCUCUGCUCCACUUUAGAGAGUCAGUCUGUUUCUGGUGUAAAGGCGUUUAAUGCAAAAAGAGGAAAUGCUACUAAUGUGGAGAAGGAUGGCUCAAAAUAUCCAGUGGAAAAAGAAAAAAUACAGCAUUCUGAAAACCAUGCAAAUCCAUCUUUGGAGGUUGGUUCUGCUUCCCUGGGUGGUGGUGGAUUCUCUACUGCCAGUGGAAAGAAGGUAUGCGUAUCUGCGGCGGCCAUGAAAAAAGCCAAACAUCUUUUGCAGGAAGACCACGAGGAUGACCUCAGCUCAGAAAUGAAACCCAAACGUUUCUCAGGAUUCGAACGUGUUGACUGUCGGUCUGGCGGAUUCCAGACAGCUGGAGGCAAGCAACUCGUGGUUUCUUCUGCGACUCUUAAGAAGGCAAAAGUCUUGCUUAAUGAUUGGGAUGCAAUUGAAAAACAGCGAGCCUGUUAUCCAGCUUCAAGAAAAAGUGAGUUCCUUUCAGCUAGCCGGAAUCCAGUAUCAUUUUCAGCCAAGGCUGACCUCUGCUCCAUUUCAGAGAGUCCAGCUGCAAAGACUUCUGGCUUAAAACCAGGAAAUGCUACAAACAUGGAGAAGAUGGCUGGGCCAAACAUGAAUGCUGGACCAUUUCUAGAAACAAAAAAUAUACAUCAUCAUAACAACCUGGAAAAUCAUGGAACUCCAUCUUUGGAGCGUGGUUCUUCAUCACUGAGUGGCGGUGGAUUCUGUACAGCCAGUGGGAAGAAAGUAAUGGUGUCCACCGCUGCCAUGGCAAAAGCCAAACAUCUUUUGCAAGACGACCACGAGGAUGACUCUACCAAACACGGAAGCUUUUUGAGAGUCGAGCGCAUUAACCACAGAUUCCUGACUGCCGGAGGCAAACGAGUCGCUGCACUUAAGAAUGCUGCAAAUUCAUUACUUGAUUGUGAUUCAGUCGAGGAACAGCCACCCCUUGAUGCACCAGCAAGAAAAAGUAAGUUCCUGUCUGCUAGCGAACAGCCUCUGUCAUUUUUAGACAACUCUGCCUUUGACAAGGUCGGCCCCACUUCGGAGAGUCUGUCUGUUUCUGGUUUGAAGGUGAAGUUAAAUUGUCUAAACUAUCCCAUGGAAAAUGAAAACGUACAGCAUCACGACAAACACGAAAACCAUUUGGAUUUUGUUGCUUCUUUCCCAAGUGGUGGUGGAUUCUCUACUGCCAGUGGAAAGAAGGUAUCUGUGUCUGCAGUGGCCAUUGAAAAAGCCAAACACCUUUUGCAAGAAGACCGCGACGAUGGUCUGAGCACAAAAAUGAAACACGGCUGCUUCUCAGGAGUCGAACGUGUCGACCAUCAUACUGGUGGAUUCCAGACCGCAGGAGGCAAGCAAGUCGCUAUUUCUUCCAUGGCUCUUAAAGCAAAAUCCUUGCUUGAUGAUUAUGAUACAGUCGAGGAACAUCCAUCCCGUUAUCCACUGUCGAAAAAAAGUGAGUUCCUAGCUAGCGAGAUGCCAGCUAACUCUCUCUUUGACAACCUCGACUCCACUUCAGAGAGUCCAGCUGUGAAUACAAAUGACGCAAAACGAGCAAAUACUGCAAGCGAAGAGACGUUAGAUGGUUCUUUUUUAAUUGCAGGUGAGACAAACAAAAAGACCUCUGUACCUAACAAAGCAACUCGAGAAGAAGAUAAUUACUUGCAAGACAGGAUGGACAGUAAUGAUGGAAUGUCAGGAAAAGACAAGGAAACAAGAAGUGAAGAAGUGAGAAUAAAUGCGUUCAAGUUUGAAAAUGUGAAUGGUGCACCAUUUGCGGACAAAAACAUAGGGCCUCAUAACAACCUGGAAAACCAUGCAACUCGGUCAUUGGACGUUUGUUCUUCUCUGAGUGUUGGUGGCGGAUUCUGUACUGCUAGUGGGAAGAGUGUGUCUGUCUCUGAUGAAGCAAUGACCAGAGCCAAAUCUCUCUUCAAUGACGUUGAGAGCAACAACUUGGAGCUCCUCCACAACACUAGUUUGCAAAACACCAAACGGGACGAUCUGCAAAAUGUUGGGUUCCAGACGGCCAGCGGCAGAAGAGUUUCUAUGUCUUCCGCAGCGCUCGCGAAGGCAAAAUCCUUUUUCACCGAAUCUCACGAAGACACAGCAGAUGUACCCUAUGCAUGUACAUCCAGCAGUGGUGGAUUGAAUACAGCAAGUGGGAAAAAAGUACUCGUGUCUCACAACGCGAUAGCGAGAGCAAAGUCCCUGCUGGAUGAAAGCUUCACGGACAAAGGCGUAUGCUUCCAGUCACCUGCGGCUCACAAGAAAGCAAAAAACCUCCUGAGGGAGUGUGAGGAGCAGAAUGAUAAAACAAGAGUGAAACCGAGCAAAAUAAUGACUUGUGGAUUCAAUGCAGCCAGUGGGAAACCUGUGUCCUUUUCCGCUGAGGCCCUCCGCAAAGCAAAAGCUCUUUUUGAUGACAUCAGCCUCAAUCAAGGUGUCCAAACAGACGCACUGAAAAUGACCUUUAGCGUGCCUUCAGUGUCUGGGCUUGCUCAAGGUCAAAGUGCAUUUUUAAGAGAAAAAAAGCCAGCGGCUGCAGAAGCAACGACACAUGAAGGGGGCGACCUUCGUGGACAGGAAAUGUCAGACGAGUUAGAUGGUGAAAUUUAUAAGACACCUGAGGAGCCUGCAGUAGUAAAUUUCCAGUCGCACGACCUGACGGACUGCACUGAAACGCAGCAGUUGUUUCUAGCCAAGGAAGCGUUGGACUGUACCAAAGCUUUACUGGCGGAUGAGAGUCUCCCGGGACCCGCCAUGACGUUGGAUAACACUCGGCCAAAGAACGACUCCCAUGGGCCUGCAGAGGAGCAAACGCGUGGAAAAAGAUCAGCAGAAGGCACUGAAUUGGAUGACCAACCUCCUCUAAAAAGAAGAUUACUGGACGAGCUCGACAGAUCUCUUGACAGUCGAGGAGGAUUGAGGCUUUGCCCGCAAACAAGUUCUCCCAAUGGUCUAAUGAAGGACAGGCCAGCGUUCAAGUACAAUGUCUUGCUUCAUCCAAACAUCACCAAGCCGCGCAGAGACGGAAUGGAUUACGUGGAGGCUUCCGCGUCUCCAAGGACGAACCAGAAGCCCUCGAAGGCCGGGUUGACUUCUGCUCCUGCGUUUUUCAAGGCGACUGAGGCAUGCUCGAGAAGCGGCAAUACAAAAACGCCUCCCGCCUUUGUUCCUCCGUUCAAAAGACAAAGAACGGCGAUCGAACAGAGGUCCACGAAACACUUAAAUAACGACACUAAAACAACACAAAACAGUGAGGACCCUCACACAAGCACCUCAGACCAUCGUAUCACCGGUCACGUCUGCAGUGAAAGGCCACCUGCUGAUGGGUGUUGGAGUCGAGGGACGACGCUCGAGAAUGUCGAGCUGGCACGAGACAUGCAAGACAUGAGGAUCAGGAAGAAGAAGCACCAGACUAUAAGACCUUUGCCAGGAAGCUUGUUUCGAGCUAAAACCUCGGGAGCGACAAGGAUUCUUUUAAAGGAUGCGGUGGCUGGGGGGCCUCCUGCCAAGUACACCCAGAAACAGCUGUACGAAUAUGGCGUGCAUCGGCACGUGUGCAAGAUCACCAGCGAGACCGCAGAGGCUUUCCGCUUCCCUCUCGAGCUGUUCUUCAAAAAGGAUGUCUUUGCAGACGAAGGCAGCAUUCAACUUGCGGACGGCGGGCGACUAAUUCCGAGCAGGGACGGAACGGCCGGCAGAGAGCAGUUCUUUCGGUCGGUGGUUCUCAAACUGGGAGCCUUGUGCGACACACCUGGCGUGGAUCCCAAACUGCUGAGUGACGAGUGGGUGUUCAAUCACUACAGGUGGAUUGUGUGGAAGCUGGCCUCCAUGGAGAGAUCCUUCCCGGAAACAAUGGGAGGCCUCUGCCUCACACCUGAGAGAGUUCUACUACAGCUCAAGUACAGAUAUGACGUGGAGGUUGACCACAGCCGGCGGCCUGCUCUGAAGAAGAUCAUGGAAAAGGACGACACAGCCGCGAAAGCUCUGGUUCUCUGCGUCUGCGGGGUGGUCUCACGAGGCCAAGCGGGAAACCCUUGCGCGGUGGUGUGGUUGACAGAUGGCUGGUACGCCAUUAAAGCCCAGCUGGAUGAGCCGUUGAGCAUCCUGCUUCGUGAGGGUCGACUGGCCGCGGGCGGGAAGCUCAUUGUCCACGGUGCCCAGCUGGCGGGGUCGCAGGACCCCUGCACGCCGCUGGAGGCGCCCGAAUCGCUCAUGCUUAAGAUUUUUGCCAACAGCAGCAGACCUGCCCGAUGGGACGCCAAACUUGGAUUUUACAAGGAUCCUCGGCCGUUCCUGCUUCCUCUGGCCUCGCUGUACAGCAACGGUGGACCUGUCGGAUGCGUGGACAUUGUGGUUCUGAGAAGCUACCCCGUACAGUGGAUGGAGAGGAAGAAUGAUGGAGGCGUGGUGUUCCGCUCGGCCCGCGCCGAAGAGAAGGAGGCGGCUCGCUACAACAGCCACAAGCAGAAUGCCAUGGAGUUCCUCUACGCCAAGAUACAAGCGGAGUUUGAACAGGAGGACAAGGAGAGCAAACGUCAACUCGCAAGACGGACUGUGAGGCAUCGGGAUAUUGGAGGUCUGCAGGACGGGGAGGAGCUGUACGAAGCAGUGGGGGACGACCUAGCUGGACUGGAGGCCCAUCUGAGCGAGCAGCAGCUGGAGACUCUGCAGGCUUACCGCCGCUCGCUGCUGGAAAAAAAACAGGCGGAAAUGCAGGCUCGCUACCGACGCGCUACCGAGAAAAAUGCGGACGACGGCCAAGCGAGCUACCCUCAGAGAAACGUCACCCCUGUCUGGAGACUCUGCGUCGCGGACUCUUUGAAUCCCACUGGCAACAUUUACCAGUUGAAUCUUUGGUGUCCGUCGUCGGACCUGCAGGCCCUAUUAAAGGAAGGUCGUCGAUACAAAGUCUAUAACCUGUCCACGUCGGACAGGAAGAAGCGUGGCGGUGCUGCCACGCUUCAGCUCACCGCCACCAAGAAAACACAAUUUCAGGACCUUCAGACCUCUCCAGAACGCUUAUCAUCGUGCUUUCAACCUAGAGUGUCUACCAACUUUGUGGAUCUUCAAAACCUAGAAUUUAAUCGUGUGUGUGGAGAGGUUGAUCUGACUGGCUGCGUUGUCAGUGUGAUUGAUGGACAAGGUGCUUCUCCUGCCUUCUACCUGGUGGACUGCAAGGUGAACUUUGUGAAGGUCCGCUGUUUCAGCAGCCUGCUUCAGGCCGGCCUGGCGGACGUGGUGAAAGCCGGCGCGCUACUGGCUCUGAGCAACCUGCAGCUGAGGGGCCGAUCCUCCGGCCCACCCCCUGUCGUGUAUGCGGGAGACCUCACCGUCUUCUCCGCCAACCCCAAAGAAGCGCAUCUCCAACAGGCCCUCGGACAACUCAGGAACCUUCUACGGGAACAAGAGAACUUCUUUGUGCAUGCAGAGGACAAACUUUCCCAGGUGCUCAAGUGUAACCUGUGGAGUUCCGCCAGCUCUCCCACUCUGCCUCCUAAAACUCCCACAAGUCAACACAUGAGGGCGACUACCACACCUCAGCAGCCUAUCAGAAGCCUGGGCCGCUUCACUCCAGUAAGCAGGAACCUUCACCCGCCAGCCAACGCUCCUCCUUCAUUGGAGAAAGACCCAAGAAGCUUGAAGAGGAAGCGAGCGAUGGACUACCUGUCUCGCGUGCCGUCUCCCCCGCCGUUGUUCCGCCUGGGCCCGGCCGCUUCGCCCUCUGUCAAGAAGACCUUCAACUGUCCUCGGAGAACUUCCGUGCUUUGCACUUUAAAAACUGUACACACCCCAACACCGACACCGCUAUCUGGAGGCCCAUCCGAGGAGGAGUGGGUGAACGACCAAGAGCUCGCUAUGAUUGAUACGCAGGCCUUACGUGUCAAUAACGCACUGUAACUGUAAACUACUGUAUUAUAGAAGUGAACCACAAGUUUAAAAAGAAAAAUUGGUCUGAGUCACUG